CCGCCGAUUUGGGCCUCUCUCUUCCUCUUCCUCUUCCCUUCUGCUACGACGCAAUUGUAUAGAUCUCUAGAAGUAAAUGGGGAAACGCAUCAACACCGGUUUGGUCAGAAUAUUUCACCGUGAUCAAUCGGAAGUGGGGGACGCAAUUUAAUUAACAGAUCUCUCGAAGUAAAUGGGGAAGCACAUCAACACCGGUUUGGUCAGAAUAUUUGACUGUGAUCAAUCGGAAGCAGGGAACCGGUGGGACAGGUAGGUCUGGCAGGUGGCAACACUGGCAUUGGGAAAGCCACUGCUCUGGAGCUUGCCAGGAGGGGUGCAAGAGUAAUCAUGGCAUGCCGCAACCAAGAGAAAGCCGAACUUGCUAUAAGUGAUAUAAAAAGGGAGACGGGCAGCACUGAUGUGGUGUACAUGCAGUUGGACCUGGGGAGCCUUCAAGCAGUGCGUUCUUUUACCAAGACCUUCCUGAAGACUGAGGCUAGACUGGAUCUUCUCAUUAACAAUGCUGGUCUGGUGGCGGAUGGGCGCACUGCUGAUGGCUUUGGUAUUGAGUUUGGGGUCAACCACCUUGGCCACUUCCUGCUGACCUGUCUGUUGCUGGACCGCCUGAAGGAGGGCACUGGGGGCCGUGUAGUCACACUGGGCUCCAUGGCCUAUCGCUGGGGCAACAUCGACUUUGAUGCCCUUAUCACUAAUAAACACCUGGGCACUGGGAGGUACAGCUGGCAGUUCUUCCAUGCGUACUGCAACAGUAAACUGUGCAAUGUUCUCUUCAACCACGAGCUGGCCAAGAGACUGAAGGGUACCAAUGUCACUUGCUACAGUGUUCACCCAGGAGUAGUGAAAACAGAGCUAUCCCGAAACUGCAGCCUGUGGCAGAGAUUCAUCAUUGAGCCAAUAGCUCGACUGUUGUUCCUGGAUCCAGAAUCUGGUGCCCAGACCACUCUCCACUGUGCCCUCCAGGAGGGUAUUGAGCCCCUGAGUGGACGCUACUUCUUCUGCUGUGCGCCGCAGGAUGUGGUUGCCAAAGGAAAAGACGACGCUGUGGCCAAGAAGUUGUGGGAAGUUAGUGAACGGCUGAGUGGCUUGUUCUAGGGAAAAGGCACAUUGUUACACUGCUUUUGAUUUGGUGGUUUACAGAUCUGGGGGAAAAUGCUCAUUGAACACAUCAAAAUGGAUCAAUGUGACAAGAAACUGCUCAUACAUUAGCUGAUCUCCUUUUCACUAGAGCAUUGAUGUUGGUGACAUCCUUUUUGUGGUGUGUCUUGUAUUGACGAUGAUCAGUAUGUAGUAAGUGUGCCAGUUCAGUCUAAAGACUUAGGAAGCUCUUGUAAAAACUGUUUGACUUAUUAUAAUAAAAAAGAUUCCAAGUGA